GUGGAGCUCGAGUUGAAUGUAGUUUGGUUUAGUUCAGUUUUCGACUCCACUUGGUGAGUUUGUGUUGUCGUUUUGGCUUCGCUCGGUGCGCGAUCGCGAUAUUCAUUCGAAAUAUCUGUGCGUACAUGCGAUAUGGUUUAAAGCGUUUUUUUGAGACGGUUCACUUGUGCUGUUUUAUUUUUUUUGUAUUGUUUUCUUCAGUUAGAGUAACUGUUUAGAAUAAAAUUUGUUCGUUGAUGGAAAAUGUAUGGAUAACGAAGGUGUUCUGAUUGUGGAUGGAACAUGUUUGCUUGAUGAGAUUGUAUUAAAAGAACAGCUUUUGGAUAAUCUCAGAGUGGAUUCGCUACGAAACCUAUGUCAUAAAAAUUUUUCUAAGAUGACGAUUAUUUCAACUAUAAAGAAACUAGCUACUACAACGAUACUUGGAACUUCAGUGAUGACUGCUUACGUAUUCUUUGUGGUCAUCCUCAUGGCAUCGACCAGCUCUGCUUGGGCGGCCUCGUCACUCGGAUGUCCCACCGGUUGCAUGUGCAACGAUGACACGUUCGUGGUGCAAUGCGAGCGGAGCAAGUUGGACGUCAUCCCCAUAACCCUAAACCCUGCAAUUCAAAGACUGGUGCUGAGGAACAACAAAAUCAAGACCAUCGACGCCGCUUUUCAGUUCUACAAAGAGCUGCAGUACGUCGAUUUGUCGAGCAACCAUCUGGUGAACAUACCGGUGAGGAGUUUCGUCAACCAGGAGAAACUACAGGAGUUGCACCUCAACAAGAACAAACUGUCGACGAUCAACAACAAGACUUUCCAAGGAUUGAAAUCGUUGACGGUGCUGAAUUUGAGGGAGAACUUUUUGGAAGAACUCUCGAAGGGGUUGUUUACCAUACUGCCCAAGCUCGAGGAGCUUAAUUUGGGCCAAAACAGGAUAUCUAAAAUAGAUCCGUUAGCCUUCGAUGGGUUACUGAGUCUCAGAGUGCUCUACUUAGAUGAUAACGCGUUAAGUUCAGUACCGACCCAAUCGUUUUCUGUACUAGGCAGCUUAGCGGAGCUACACGUAGGUCUCAAUGGAUUUACAGUACUCACCGACGAUGCUUUCACUGGACUAAGUCGACUGGCCGUACUUGAUAUAAGCAGCGGAGGCUUGUCCAACAUUAGUAUGGACGCCUUUAGAGGCCUCAAUGGACUGAGGAGUUUGAAUUUAGCAGACAACAGACUCCAGACCAUUCCAACCUUGCAGCUAGCUCAUUUAAAUAGACUAGAAGAAUUGACGAUAGGCCAAAAUGAGUUUAGUCGAAUUGACAAGGGUGUUUUCAAGGGAUUGACCAAUCUAAGGAAAAUUGAUAUCACAGGUGCCAAUAACCUAGAGUAUAUCGAAAAAGGCGCAUUUUCCGAAAACCUAAACUUAGAAACCAUAAUAUUAGUGAGCAAUAAAAAACUGACCAGCCUAGAAGACGGCGCUCUGGUGGGCCUGCCGAAGCUGAGGCACCUGGUGCUCCGCGAGAACUCCUUCAAAACCCUCUCGGAAUCGGUAACCAGCUGGAACGAACUACGAGCGCUGGAGCUCACCGAUAAUCCCAUAAACUGCGAUUGCCAGCUGCUGUGGCUGUUGAACUCCAUCAAUUCGAAGAACAUCACGAACGUGCAGUGCUCGACGCCGUUGCAGCUGCGCGACCGCUCCCUGCGCACGCUCACGCCGUACGAUCUGGGCUGCUCGUUUCGCGACAACAGACAGCAGGCCAUCAUCAUCACGUUCUGCGUCUCGGCGACGAUACUGAUCCUGUUCCUGGUGCUGUUCCUGUUCCGCUACCGGCAGCGGGUCGGCGACGCUCUCAAGGAGUACAAGUGGAACAAGCGGGCCAUCAGCAGGAAAGAGCACGAGUACCAGAAGACCUUCUCCGACGAGGAUUACAUCACCCGUACCGGCCAGCACCAUAUCAAGCCGAUACCGGUGACGGAAUUGUAGCUAGAGCUCAGCGCGCCGCCUUCUGGGGUAUUCUGUUUAGAUGGAGAGGGUAGGCGUGCUGCUCGGGGCCCUCAGGGUACCUUACCCGCCACUGGAUUCACCUAUUUCAAUGGUGAUACGUGCAGAGCUCAUUCUCUACGAUCGCUGAAAGAUACAAGGAACGGUUUGCCGAAGUGCCACGUCGACUUGUAUCAACAUUAGUGCUUAAAAUUGAGAAAACUCGAGCAAUAAAUUCGAUUCCAUUCAUUCCAGUGUGUGAUCAUUCGGUUAUUUAGAGACUGUUGAAUUUUAAUUUUAGUUGUUUGGGUGAAAAUUUACUGGGGUUGAUUCGAAUGUAGGGUUUCCAUUGGGUUUUGGAUCACUUGGUAAUAUUUUCACCAAUGACUUUAUUUUAUUUCGUAAGCAAUCUGUGAUACUCGUGUAUACACUAUUUUUUAUUACUAUUAUUAUUGUAUUAUUUUAUCCCGGUGCGACGGUGUGUUCGGUAUUUUUGACGUAAAUUUUAUACAGUGCUGGUCGUAAAUGUAUAUUAUGUAAAAAGUUUUUGCGGUAUUAAAUACAGGAAUAACUUCAGAAGUUAUCUUGCAGUACAUUUCUAAUAUGUACGGGAGAUUUAAUUAGUUUUAUAAGUUUAUUCAUUGUUUAAAUAUUUGCAAGUUUUUGAUAGUACUGGAGAGGAAAUUAAAUAAUGUAAAUGAAAAUUACAUCGUUAAAAAAUGAUUUACUUAUAAAGUUUUCCUGGAUUUCCUGCAGCAAAAAAUUAUUUACGGGGUAACACUUAAAACUAGCACUGUAUAAUAAAAUUUAACUGAAUUUUAAACGAAUUUAAUUUUAGUUAGCAUUUAAAUUUUUUGUGUUUUACACUUAAUUUUUUAAAUAGGUAAUAUUUUACUUUGAAAAUUUUUCCACGUUAAAUUCCAACACAAAUUUCAUUUUCAAUCGGUUCACUUCUAACACUAUUCGAAUUAUUAGUGUUCGAUUUGACUAUAUCACAUUUUUCUUAUGAAAUAAAUUUAUUACAGGAUGUUACGAGUUAAAUUUUAAUUUUGCGUUCGUUCAAACGCCAAUUUCAAGAAUAAUUUAUUGUUUUAAAGUUGUAUUUAUUUUUAAAGACGUCCUGUAUAAUGUACAUGUACGAAAAAAAGUGCUAUAACUCGAAAAUAAAUGUUAAUUUAUGGUAUAAUGUGUAUUAUAUAAUGUAAUGUCUAUAAGAAGUCAUUAUUUGUAAAUAAACCAUCGUAAUUAUUACAAUAUUGAUUGGACUGAACACGGCGUGUUUCUGUUACUUCUUGUGUGAUAAUUUAUAACAAAGUAAGAAAAAUUGUUUAUGAAAUUAAUGAUAGUGAUCUUAAAACUGAAAAAUUUAUUUCACCAACAUUUUAAAAUUGUUUGAAUGUUUUUCGAAGUAACAGAAUCAUCUCGAAAAAAAUAUGUGAUAUUUUGUGACUAAAUUGAAAUUUCAUGCUUUGUGGAGAAUUUGAAAAACAUUUUGUCACAAUGUAUCGAUUAUGUUCAAUUUGGUAGCGGUUUUUGAAGUUAAAAUAUUUCAAAAAGUAAAAUAAUUAGGUACCUAGAAUACAAGGAACUGUUGAAAAGUCUAAUUGAAUGUAUGUAAUUUAUUCCAAGCAAAUUUCUUCAAUUGCCGCCCAAACCAAUAAAAUCUUAAUAUGAUUUCGUAUUUUCAAUGGGAUUGAGAAUAUUUAAAUCGAUGUAUAUAGUAUGUAAUAUUUCGGCAUAUUUGUACAUAAUUUUAUCGUGUAAAUGACUACUGUAAUUUAUUAUAUUACCUAAAGGAAAUAAAAUUUGUAAAUAAGAAAUAUUGCAUUCCUUUCCGGUUUCGUUGAUGGUUUUUUCAAAAUAUUUUCUUAAAGAAUUUUUGACUUGAUUUUCAAAGAGCCCAUUUGACAACACCAAUUUGCAGUCGAAAUAUUUUACAAAAUAAACAGAAUUUCCAGUUAAAAUAAAGCCCAGUAAUUUCUUUUGUAAACUUGAUGUGUUGAUGAAUCGGCCUACUUUUGUUCGUUUAAAAAUACGUUUCUUAAGCUAGUCAUAAUGAAUUCUGAGUUUCAAUUUUGAGUGAGACGACAAAAAGUGACUUUUAUAAUGUAAAUAAUAAUUUAGAAUUUUUGUACAUAUUGACCUUAUCUUAACUAUAAUAAAACUUAUUUACAAACUAA